AUGCGCCCCCUUCAAGGCGUCCGGACUCUGUCCUGGACUCGUGUUGUUCCUCGCGCCCACCGGCAAACGCGGUGCAUUCAGAUUCGCGCCGCUCCCUCGGGAGUGCCUUCAGUUAAUGGCGACAGUCUGCCACUCGCUAGCACUCCCAGCUCUGUUGAAUCACGAGACGCGCGAUUCGAUGUUGUCGGCGCCCCAUAUUCGCUUCUUUCGGUGUCACUCUCGGCCUCGCAGAACCUAUAUACGCGACGAGGAACGCUGGUUGGAUUGAGCGGCAAAGCGGAUAAUGUGGUGUCCACCUUGAGCGUUCUAGAACCCUUCCGGAGGGCUAUCGUCGGAGUACCCUUUCUGUACCAGAAGAUCUCCUCACCAAGUCCUGUCACAGCUCUUGUUUCCGUUCGAUCGCCCAAUACCUCCUUCGCCGUUGUGAACGUCAAUGGUUCCGUGGAUUGGAUGGUUGCCCAAAGACGGGCUUUGCUUGCAUGGACGGGUCGGUCUCUGAACAUCAAGCCCACUAUCAAUGCAAACCUGAGCUUGUCUCAUUGGGGUAGCUCCGAGGUGACUGGCAGAGGUUUAAUAGCGUUGGUUGGAAACGGUCAGCUGUACUCGGUGGAAUUGAAGGAUGGCGAGCAGUACAUUGCGCAUCCCAGCAAUGUGGUUGCGUACACCAUGGCUUCCAGCCCUCCUCGCCCCUACCGUUUCAAGUCCACCACUCUCAACUUCCAAGUCCCGGGUCUGAAGACGCUACCAAGACUGCUACAAAAUGCCAAGUUUGUUCGCGACGUAUCAGAUUCCAAGGCAUACAAAACCACUAUGCAGUGGUUCCACAAGCUGCGUACCUGGUCUCGGAUGACCAUUUGGGGAGAUAGGUGGCUUCACCUCGCCGGCUCCCCCUCCACCGAAGGCGAAAAGACAGAGAAGAACCCACUAGAGGAUAAGCCAGAAGCAGAGAAAACGGAAGCCGAAAAGGUCGUUAGCAAUAUCUCUGGCCUAACCCGCUCUGUUGCGGAACUAGAGCAAGAAAUCCAAGGAACGAGCCGAAGUGUUGCAAAGAUCCGCAAAGAUGGAAAGGUCGAGAUUGAGGAAGUUGCUCGUUCAAACUAA